UUUUGACACUUCCCAAAUUUCCAAGAUGGCAGCGUCUGAAGGUGGAGUUGCCGCCGAUCCCAGUUAUAUCCAGCAAAAUUCCAUGCCUGAAGAUGAUCCGAACAAAAAUGAGCAGCCUCUGUCGGUGGAAGGGAACCAACCGCGCUGGGGGCCCCAACAUGCCGGUGCUAAGGAGCUCGCCAAUCUGUAUUCGGGCGGGAAGCGACUACAAGAGAUCCUUAGUGUCGGGAUGUGCUUCCCCCUGUUAGCUGCCACAUUUGGCUUUCUGUGCUACCAUUUUCAGUGGGACAACUCUCUCGCUAUCCUUCUAUCUGCAGUGGCAGGGAUUGUGACAGCAGACUUCUUCUCUGGCCUGGUACACUGGGGAGCUGACACCUGGGGGUCAAUAGAUGUACCAGUGGUGGGCAAGAAUUUCCUCCGUCCCUUCCGAGAACACCACAUCGACCCGACAGCGAUCACUCGCCACGACUUCAUCGAAACCAACGGCGACAACUGCCUUCUUACCGUCCUGCCUCUAGCUUACCAAGUCUACAAGUUUGUAACCCUGAGCCCCUUAGAGAUCCACAACUCGUACAUGUGGGAGUGCUUCAUCUUCUUCGUAGCCUUCUUCGUGAUGCUGACCAACCAAAUCCACAAGUGGUCGCACACGUACUUCGGGCUGCCGCGGUGGGUGACGUUCCUGCAGGACUACCACCUCAUCCUGCCGCGAAAACACCACCGCAUCCACCACGUCUCACCACACGAGACAUACUACUGUAUAACAACAGGAUGGGUGAACUAUCCUCUGGAGAUGGUAAACUUCUGGUGUCGCCUGGAAGAGCUCAUUACAGCAGUGACGGGGGCCAAGCCGCGGGCUGACGACAUGAUGUGGGCUAAGAAAUCCGACUAACGUACGAUAGGUUGUCGUCCAUAACGUCCCUAUCUCUUCUGCAUUCUACAUUCUACAUAAUAACAUUCUACCAAACUUUGUAUCAAGCUAUAGUGAGUGGAUUAAUAACAGGUGUCAUCGCAAGCCUGUAGUGAUAGAUCUAAAAUUUCUUUUACAUACAGGCUUCACAAUAGGCCACACCCCUGAGGCUUUGCCAAAAAUGUUGUAUCUUGAAGUGUUAAUGGUGAAGUACUACAUGUAGUAUGGUGUGUGUGUUUGCCUUGUCAAUCAUCUGAAAUCUUGCUAUGCAGUGCUUCAGAAGACAUGGGGAAUGUUGUGGACUAGGGCUGCGUACCGGUACAGGGUACCGGUAUUUUAGAAAUUAUUUAGGUACAGGUCCAAAAUCCUAGAACAUCAAUGUACCAAUACUUUACCUGAAUAGACCUGC